UUAACUUCGCUUCAUGGAAAUUUGAGGGGAAAAAUAACUAAAAGUAGAUUUUGAAAUAAUCCAUUGAUAUGUACAUCGGGUUAUGUUAAAAAUGCGGAUCAAGACUGCGACUGUCGUCUGCCAUUGUAAAGUUGUGACUGCGACAAGCGAGAAAUCAAAGUUGCGUACCUUCUCGAAAGGGUACGACCAGACUGCUGGAUAAAGUAGUCGCUAAAAUUCUUCAUGCAAUGUGUCGAGAGACAGGUCAGACCAUGUGAAAUAUAUCAAGAAGAGUUCAUGGAUUGCAAAAGCUUGAAGGGGAGAUUUCACCAGUACUACAUAAAUGGCACCUCUAGUGACUGUGAGGGCUGGCGUCGAGACUAUCAGAACUGUUUCAAGUUCCGUAAGAGUGGUGACAUUCCAGCAGUGGAGGCUAUCAUUGCUAGUGAAAAAGAAAGAAGGGUGCAACGACUGCAAGGAGCACGACAGAAUGAUGUUUGGGAAUACCGUAAAGUACCUCCCAAAGAAUGGCAUGACGAAUUGCCAGAAUGGACUAGCAAGCGACAAAACACAGUAUUAGCAGAGGUUCAAAGACAAAGGGAAAAAACGGGCUCUUUUCUCGAGCCAGAUACCGGCAGAAUGUGUGUCAUAUCCUGAAUCCAGAUAUGCUUAGGUCUUGUCGUUUUGUUGUUAAUAGAAUAUGUAUAUUUGUAUAUAGUAUGUCCAGAAAGUAGAGAAUGAUUGUGAAGGAUAUGGAUUUUAAAAUAAAAGACAAAACUUCAAAGGAA